GGCUCCGCGGCUUCUAUUCCGGCGGCCGGCACCGGCUCGGGUGCUUUCGGGCGCUGCCGACCUCAUGGCCCCCGCGUCGCGGAUCGCGGACCUCAAGCAAGCCGGGAACGAGCAGUUCCGCAACGGGCAGUACGGCCAGGCGGCCGCGCUCUACGGCCGGGCGCUGCAGUUGCUGGAGGCGGCAGGAGAUAAGAAUGCAGAAGAGAAGAGUGUUCUUUAUUCCAAUCGUGCUGCCUGCUAUUUGAAGGAUGGGAACUGUAGUCUCUGUAUUAAAGAUUGCUCUGAUGCCCUCGAUCUGGUUCCUUUUGGGAUCAAACCCCUGCUGAGGCGGGCAGCGGCUUAUGAAGCCCUGGAGAGAUACCAUUUAGCGUACGUGGACUACAAAACUGCAUUGCAAGUUGAUUGCACUGUACAGGCCGCACAUGAUGGCGUUAACAGAAUGACCAAGGCUUUAUUGGAAAAGGAUGGCCUUCAGUGGCGCCAGAAACUGCCACCCAUCCCAUCUGUUCCUGUGUCUGCUCAGAGAAGAUGGGAGCUUCCUCCUCCAGGAAGCCAAGAAGCUUCUUCCAAAAGCAAAGCAAAUGACGCUGUAACCAAACAAGCUGCUGCAACCGAACGCGCAAAUGCACUAAAGCUGGAAGGAAAUGAAUUUGUAAAGAAGCGAAACUACAAGAAAGCCGUUGAAAAGUAUACGGAGAGCUUAAAGCUUCAUAAACUGGAAUGUGCAACAUACACUAAUAGAGCUCUUUGCUACCUGAAUCUUCAGCAGUACAAGGAAGCAAUUCAAGAUUGUUCAGAAGCCCUUAAGAUCGACCCAAAGAAUGUCAAGGCAUUUUACAGACGCGCACAAGCAUACAAAGAACUCAAGGACUACAAAUCCAGCAAAGCAGAUAUUAACAGCCUCUUGAAAAUUGAAGCAGACAACAGUGCUGCUAAGAAACUACUGCAAGAAUUAAACAAACUCUUAAAAUAAGAGGGGGCUAAAGACAACUUUGUGCUUUGUGCUGUUCUGAAGAUGACAUGUUUUUCCUGUUUAAAAUGAAUCCUAGAGACCAGCCUGAAUGCAGUUGCAAGAUUCACCUAGAGCUGCUGACAUUUCUCUGGUUCCUUGCUUUCUAAAAGUUGUUCAUUCUUCUCUUAAAGCCUUCCAAAUGUUCAGUGUGACCUCUUGAGAUUCACAACUUCCUAGAGAGGUAGCUGUGCUGCAAGUCUCAAUGCUAUAACAGAAUUACAGGUUUUAAUACCAAACUUCUAGCAGAUUAACCGUUUGUCAAAUGUGAUCUUUCUGGUGUGUGUGUCCCGGAAAACUCCUGCAAGCUUCUGGGAGUGGCUGCUUAUACAUUUAAGUAGUAGCUUAGUACAAACUAAAAGCUUGAGUUGAGAGAGUGGUGGAUGGAAGUAAGAGUGUCGAGCAUAGUCUGCUUUGCCUUAACUUGUGUGCACUAGGCUCCAAUGGAGUAUUUGGUCUGCAGAAUGUUGCUUAGAAAUCUAAUGCUGCUUUUGUCUUUUACCAAAGAGCUUGGUUUACAGUGUUGCCCUUAGAAUGUGUGUAUAUUUUCAUAAUCUGUACUUUUGUUGAUUAGGCUGUUUUUAGGUUAAAUAUCCUUUUAUGUCAUUUUGUACAUGACUUUAACUUUCUACUCCUUCAGCCUUUCCCCCCACCUUGUCACAACAUUUGUAGGUGAGGAGGAAGAGAAGGCAGUUUUUCCCAUUACAAAAAUACAUAGUUGGAGAGGCCUGCAUGGACAAGAACACUUGCCUGUCUGCCUGCCACAAGUAGCUUUUUCUAGGUCUGCUUCUCACAAACAACAGAUAAUAAAUGUGUGUUUGGUUUUUGCACUUCAGUUACAACAUAAAGGAAAUGUCUGAUUGAAUAUUAAAGUUUCUUUGUGGUGUGAAGAAUUGAAUAAGAGGGGGAAGGAUUGUGGCCUAGCAUUUCCCCUCCCAUCCUAAUUUCUCCAUGUGGUAGAGGAGUAUUUAAUUGUAGUAACUUCCACGUGCUGCCUGGAUUAGUUCAGGUGCAUGUUUACCAUGUCAUCUGCUGUUUGUGAGAAAUAAUCUCAAGCCACCACCAUGAAGAGUGGCCGGCAUUCAUCAUUCUGCCCCCCACCCCAAAUUUUCAGAGCUGGAUUUGCAGUUAGCUACUCUGCUUGUAUGAACAAAAGUAGUCUGUCAAGUCCUCAGUUUUUACUGCCUGAAAAUGUUUGCCUGUAAAGAUAGAAGGCAGGGAAAGACCCGCGCGUGCAGCCUUUUAAUGCAGAUCUGCGGUGGGGAAGCUGUGCUGCACAUCCUGUAGAAAACUACUGCUAUUCAUGUUGCACUGGGGAGUGCAACACAGCAUUAUGAGUAGCUGCCCCUCUCUCCCCUCUCUGCAGGCUUUGGAUGGAGGAGAAUGGCUGGCCACAGAACCACUACUUAAGAUCUCUCUCCUCAGGCCACUGGUAAAGCUGGAUUCUUACACUAAGUCACUCUGUGCUCCUAUAUUGUUUUGAGCUUCUAAAUAAACAUGUUUGGUUCUGC